CUGUGGCUGUGGAUUUGUCUAAAAAAAACAGAAAAUAACCUCAAAACUUCAAUUCAAAAGUGUUUUUAUUUCAAAAAUCAAAAUAUUAUUCAUCUUUCUAAUCCAAGGUUUCCAAGCAAGAAAAUAAUAUUGCAGAAAAGACUUAUACAGUAAAAAUAUAUUUAAAAUGCCUACCUAUGAAUUGGCUCUGAUGUUGAGAACUAUGCCAAAACCAGAAUUGAAAACAACUCUAACACGAAUAUCCCAUGCUAUAUUCAACAGUGGUGGUAUCAUACGAAAUAUUGAAAAUUUGGGCUUCAGAGCGAUGCCAUACAAGACAAGUUCCCAUAGUGUAGUCCACCGGGAAGCAAAUUACUUUGUUUUUAAAAUAGAUACAGCAACACAAGCAGUCGCAGAUUUAAAAGAAGAAUACAGUAGAGAUGUGGAUAUAAUUAGACAGAGAGUUUAUAAAGUACAAGAAAAAGCAGAUCAUAAGUGCACAUUGGAAGAGGAACUAUUGCCUGCUGCUUACCGGGAAGAUGUUCAGAAGAUGAUUGAGUUAGGUAAAACACAAGUAAACCGAUUCACUUAUAAAUUUAAAUACAAUUCAGGACUGGAUUAUUAUCCCUUCCAAAAAUAAUUAAAUCAAUGUAUAAUCAUAGAUAUUUUAGUUUAGCUGUAUCAACUGAUUGACCUCUACCAGUGGAUCUAGCGUUGGAGGCAGUUCACUAUAACCUAUUUGUCAAUAAUACUGCUCUAAUAUGUACCACCACCCAUAGUGCUUAGUUGAGUGUAAAUAUUUUAACAAUAAAUAGUUUAAUUAGUAAUAGCAAACAAA